UUGACGAGGCGCUCGGGCUCGGUUGUUGAUGUGAAGUUUUCGGAGGUCCGGCGGCGGCGGAAGAUGCACAGCCUGGGGGCGGGCGCGCCGGUUACUGCGCUGGCUCAGGUGGAUCGAGAGAAGAUUUACCAGUGGAUCAAUGAGCUGUCAAGCCCCGAGACCCGGGAAAAUGCCUUGUUAGAACUCAGCAAGAAGAGGGAGUCGGUGCCUGACCUGGCCCCCAUGCUCUGGCACUCCUUCGGAACCAUUGCUGCCCUCCUACAGGAGAUUGUAAAUAUUUAUCCUUCUAUCAAUCCUCCAACUCUGACGGCUCAUCAAUCAAACCGCGUGUGUAACGCACUCGCGUUAUUACAAUGCGUAGCAUCACACCCAGAAACCAGGUCAGCAUUUCUAGCAGCUCAUAUCCCGCUCUUUCUCUAUCCAUUCUUGCACACUGUCAGUAAGACAAGACCUUUUGAGUAUCUGCGACUCACCAGCCUGGGUGUCAUAGGAGCCUUAGUAAAAACAGAUGAACAGGAAGUCAUCAACUUCCUUUUGACAACAGAAAUUAUUCCUCUCUGUCUACGGAUUAUGGAGUCAGGAAGUGAAUUGUCUAAAACGGUUGCCACUUUUAUAUUGCAGAAGAUCCUGUUGGACGACACAGGGCUGGCUUACAUCUGCCAAACGUACGAACGAUUCUCUCACGUGGCCAUGAUUCUGGGUAAGAUGGUGCUGCAGCUGUCCAAAGAGCCCUCGGCCAGGCUGUUGAAGCAUGUUGUUCGCUGCUACCUCCGUCUCUCCGACAAUCCACGGGCGAGGGAGGCACUCCGACAGUGCCUGCCUGACCAGCUGAAGGACACCACAUUUGCCCAGGUGCUGAAGGACGACACUACCACCAAACGUUGGCUGGCCCAACUCGUCAAAAACCUCCAGGAGGGGCAGGUGACCGACCCCCGAGGGAUCCCCCUCCCGCCCCAGUGACUGAAAUGACCCUCCCACAUGCUGAGGCUGUCGGGCUGUAUCAUCGCUGCCAGAGCCUGGGUUUUGGGGAUGGGGUCAGGUUGACGCUGUGUUUGUACAUUUUUCUCUCUCAGAGGUGGACCAAGCUGUCAAGGAUCACAGUGGUCUUUUGGAAUAAUGGGGAUGUUCGACUUGAGGAGCUGGACAGUGAACUGCAGAGUGAAGCUGGACAACUCAUCUUCUUUACCUCUGUCUCUCUCUGCUGCCAAACGUCAAUCAUUCGCCUCAUGGAGUGUGGAUAAGUCAUGUCCCUGGGCUGGUUCACCAAGACCCCUUCUGGACUACAUCAACUUCCAGUGUCAUGUUUCCAGUCUCCGAUUCUUACUUACUACCCUGCUCCUGGCUCACCCCCUCCCAUUCAUACUUGGUGUUCAGUUGACGAUGUAAAGAAGAUUUUGUCCAGAGUUCCCUGGGCCCGUGCUGGGUUAGUGUUGACAUUAGGAUUUGUCCUAGCUCUGUUUGUCUCUGGGAGACUUCUCUCUGUUACAUGUAGCCUUGCUGCAUCAGAAACUAGGGAAUCGUUGGGUUCCAAUGUGAGACCAUUCACUAUUUUAAAAAUUAUUCCUUAUUACCCCCAACCACCCUCGCUCUCAAUAUCCUCCUCCAUAGUUCCUUGUUAACAUGCCAAUUCAUACCCUGACUCCCCGCACUGUCCCAUAGGAAGACACUCAUCCUGUUCCGGGGCACACCACUUGUGUUCUGUGUUGGUCUCCCCAUGUGCCCGUUUAUUCUCUGAUCUUCAUUAAUGAUCCAACAAGCCUCUAACUAAAGCCACGAGGUUCUGCUGAGAUGUGGAAUCUGCCUCUCCACAGGUACAGCUGGGAAGACGAUACUUGGAGAGAUGUGUGAGUAAAGCAGCCCUCUGGGCCGGUGGUCCAUACAUUCAACCAUUUUGUAUUCCAUGAUUCUUUGUUUCUAUUCUCUUAUCAACACUCCUCCCCCCCCCAGCCCCCAACAAGUUCAGAGGUUUGAGGGAAUCUAUUCUCUUGUGCCCUAUUGCUGGCUGGCUGUGUUUAAUACACCAGCUCAGCCCCGGGCUCUGGCUCAGGUGAAGUUCCCUUCAGCCUUGUUUCACCAGUGGGAGAACUUUCAGGUCAGACAGCACUUGCGCAGCCACUGCUGGUCAGCAGCUGGCCGAUAUUGGAGUAGAUCUACCCCAGCACCCCGAACUGCCUUAACAUACCCCAGCCUGACUUACACAAGACUCAGGGCCCCUGAGGUUCUGUAACACCUCCAGGACAUCACUUGCAGUAAUUCCCUCCUUCUCCUCCCCCUCUGACCCAAUCCCAUGGCACAAGAAUGUAGAUUCUGGGCCAAUUCUGUCCCAAGAUUUUUUUUUUUCUUUUUUUGGGGACAUCCAAAGCUAAAUGUAAUAAAUAUUUUUAAAAUGCUGUAUGUAAAUUGUGCUGAUCAAUGGAUUCUGUUUAGGAAAAUGGUGCAUUGAAAGAUGUUUACUGUGAGUUCCAUAAUGGUCCUGAGCUGUUUACGAAAAUGAUAGUUGCCACUUAACCCCUUGCUGGUUCACCUGAUUAUUAUCCCCCUCUGCCCCGUCUCUAGCUAGGCGUAAAGUGGCUGUGAGCACAUAUUUGGUGCGUUAAUGUCUGGUAUUCGGAGUCCACGUGGUGUUUCCUGACACCAUUCACUGAAUUCCCCAUUGGUUUGCAGAUUUCUGUCAGUGUGAUUGCACUGCUUGCACAUUGUGGGUGGCAUUUAAUGCCCUCCUCUGACGUGUUUGGUGGCAGGAGGGUGCCUGGUGAAGGGACCCUGUUUCCUUCUUGCCAGGGCCUCCAUUAAGUCCAUGGUGGGAAGGUUCAUGGCCGACCACCAGUUGAGGCCUUUAGGUGAUUAAUAAAUGCCCUCUUAAGGGCCUCAUCCUGCCUCAGACAUGAAGGGGGGGGUGAGUACUCACCAUGCCGGGAGCCAAAAAAGCAUACCUUGUAUGGUUGCUUGCAGGCUUCCAGGGCAAGCCCCUCGUUCAAAGGCACUUGGUGGCUGAUCGAGAGACCUGGCAUCAGGAAGGUGGAGGGAGGGGGAUAUCCCCUGCCCUACCCACAAUCUCACACACGUGACUGGGCCCAUUGGUGACCCUGGGCCUCAGGUGGCUGCAUUACCGGUGCUAGCCACUGCUGCCCUGGUAGCGCUGCUGAGCAGCGAAGAGUUACCAGCCUCUGAUUGGCUGGCAGCUCUUGGCGGGUGGAAUUUCCACUCCCGGGGUCCUUGAUUCCAUGAAAGGCUCUCGCUGCCGCCCAGUUAGAUGCCUGAUUGGCAUGUAACUCAGCAGGCUUUCCCCGAAAAGAGACAACGUGGGGCUCUCAUUGGCUGCCCAGCUGGCGGGCAAGGCCCCUGUCACCUCUGUUAAAUAGCACCGUGGGUGCAGGUUGAAGUGUACAAGGUGUGAAAUGUGUGGUAUGGUGUGGAGUGGGGAAGACUGUGUUACUGCAGAUAAUUGGAACAGUGUUGAUAUAUAAUAAAAACAGAAACAUGCUGGAAA